AUGGUGUCAGAAUGGAUUCCACAGAAUGACCUGCUCCAGCAUGAAAAAACCGUGCUUUUUAUCAGCCACGGAGGACUCAAAAGCGUCAAGGAAGCGGCCUGUAGUGGAACUCCUGCACUUUUCAUGCCGAUGUUUGCUGAGCAAAAGAGAAAUGCAUGGCUUGCAAAAAAUCAGGGCUACGCUGAAAUCCUCAAUAAAUUUCUGGUGACACGCGAAUAUUUGGAGGAGAAAAUCCGUGGAAUUUUGAACAAUUCUGAUUACAAGGAAAAAGGAAAAGCCCUAAAAGAGAGAUUCCAAGAUCAACCGUUACAUUCGCUAGACCAUGCAGCAUUCCUCGUGGACAGAUUGCUAAAAUAUGGUGGCCGGAUGCCUUCGUUUUUCUACACACGAUCUCUGGACCUUAGUUACUUUACUACAUUGAAUCUCGACGUCGUAUUAGUUAUGCCAAUAAUCCUGCUAGCUAUAAUAAUGUAA